UAUCAAAAUUGUGGCCAAAUUUCAAACAACUCUUGAAUAGAGAAAGGAAAUUCUCUUUAGACAGAAAUACGAGACGUAAAGAGAUAGAGAGAGACUGAGUAGAGAGAGAAUUGAGGGAUAGUUGAAAGGGACAAAGCGAAAGGCGGAAGGAAUAUGUGUGCUUGGCAUUGGGCAGAGGAAAAAAAAAACAUGGAGAGAGAUAAGCUUUCAAAACCCACUGCAAAGCCGUCACAUUCCCAAUACAAUGAUUUGAAUAUUAAUCAACCUGAAGAAGAAGAAGAAUAUGAAGAAGAAGAUCAUCAAAUCAAGAAAAAACAAAAAUUGGAUGACCAUGAAGAAAGAAGAGGCAGACCAAGAGGAAGGGGAAGACCCAGAGGAAGAGGAAGACCAAGAUUAUCUGAUACAGUGGCCCUAAUAAUCAGAUCACCUUCUGUUUCUGCCGAUGACCAUGAUGAUGAUCACCAAAAUCAUAGGAGAGGGAGGAAAAAGAAGAAUCUUAGGGCUGUUGUUGCAGCAGCUGAAGGAGGAUCACAGGAGGCGGAGGGUGUUGUUGGUGGCAGUGUUUUGGGUAACGGGCAGUCUAGAUCAAAGAGGUUCUCUGGAUCACCCCCUGAAUCCUUGAGGGACUACAAGGCCCAGGGAGCCUGGUUCACACCGAGGUCUUAUUUUGUACCUGGCUUUGCUUCAAAUCCUCUGCAUUCUCGGUUUGACCAAAUAUUUUUUCAUGCAAAAGAGAAGCAAAGUAGCAAUGAAGCAACAGAGCCAAUUUCAGGAAAAUUAACAGAGCAGCGGAUGGCAACUCCAAUUCCAGAAAGAAAACUGCUUGAACUUGUCCUUGAUAAGCUUCAAAAAAAGGACAAAUAUGAAGUUUUUGCUGAACCAGUUGAUCCAGAGGAGGUCCCAGACUACUAUGAAUAUAUAAAAAAUCCAAUGGAUUUUGGUACAAUACGGUUGAAGCUUGCAGAAGGAGAGUAUGCUAAUUUGGAGCAGUUUGAGGAGGACGUGUUCUUGAUCUGUAGCAAUGCAAUGAGUUAUAAUGCAUCAUCAACCAUCUACUACAGACAUGCACGUGCUAUACAGGAACUGGCACAAAAGUAUUUUCAGAUGUUACGGCUUGACCCUGAAAAAAUUCUUUUGGAGCAUAAAUCUCCAUCAAAUUCAAAAUCUAAUUAUUCUGGCCAGAAAAUUUCAAAUAGGACUCCAGGAAAAUUGCGUCUUGAAUCUGGAGGAUCAGAUCCUGCCUCAGGUGAAAUUCUGGCUACAAAUGGAAACUAUGCAAACUUGCUUGAUACUUAUCUUCAGGAUUCUGUUAAAUUAAAGAAGGGAGAUGCCUCUGAAAGGUCUGGAACUGGGUUUGAAUAUUCAAAUGGCACUGGUUAUCAGUGGCGUAACAAUGUUGAUGGUAAUAGUUUAGCAGUUGACAGCAAAGCUGACCAUUCAGAAGUUUUUUCAGCAGCAUCCGCACUGAAGACAAGAGCUGUGAAAGAUGGCCGAAGAGCUCUCUUAUGGGAAGAUGAACGCCGUGACACUUACAGGCCAUGGAAUGAUACAGCUAAUGGAGAUGAAUCAGCAUUUGCAAUUCCUGGUGGCAUGUCAAAACGCCUAAUACCUAUUGGGGCUCAGUCAGAAUCUGCAUAUGCAAGAAGCCUUGCUCGUUUCUCUGCAGAUUUGGGACCCGUGGCCUGGAAAAUUGCAGCUCAGAAAAUUAAAAAGGUCUGGUCUUCUGGGGCAGGAUCUCACCUGGAGAACAACAGGGAUAUCACAGCUACUUCUGUAGAUCUAUUUUCAAUAGAGAAGAACAAAGUUCAACCCAAACCAGUCCAUUUAGCACUACAUACUGAUGAGGGUGCAAGCAGGUUCAAUGGGACACUUUCUACUCAACUUGGCAGGAACGAAAGGUUUCUUAUAAAAGGGACGUGUGAAGGUCAGUCAAAUCAAUUAACUUCAACAAUGUCUUCUACCAACACUAAAUCACCAACAAAUUCUGAUGCACAUCGAACCUCAGCAAAUUGUUCAUUCUUACCAAACAAUCAAUCUGUUAAAUUGAAUUCUGUCCGGGAGCCAACCAUGGACUUGCCCUUUGAAGCAACAAAACAGAUGGACAAAAGAUCAAUCGCAGCAGAUACCAAAUUUACAUCUGAAGUAUCUCAGUCGAGAUUGCUUGAAAUUGUCUCAAGAAAUAACAAGCUUAUGCAAUGGAUGCCAACUCAACAGGCUGAUGGAGGACAGUCCAUAAUGAAUUUCCGAGCUACUGAUUCUCAAAGUGUUGCCACUGACAGGGGUGGUCCCAGAGAAGUGUUUGAUACUUCUAAAUUACCAACCAGCUCUGCCAGCUCAAAUGUUACACUCACACGCAAUACUUCUAUUAAUGACUAUCAAGAUAGGUCAAUUGCCGCCUCCUCUACUCGACCUGCUGGUGAAAACUUUACUGCUAGGGGUUUGAAUUAUUUGAGUAAGUCAGAUAACAGCAAAAUGUUCCUACCAUUACAGAAGGCAAGUCCUGAUAUAUAUGCUGGUACUUCACUAUUGUCAGUUUCGUCAAUAGAACCAAUAGUGACCCAAGAGCACAAUACAUUGCAACCAUGCAUACGAUCUCAAAAUUCAGAUAUAGCCCAUCUGGAUGCUGGUUCUCAAUCAACUCACAACACAAUACAAACUGUAUCUAGUGCAUCUUUGAACUCAAUGCAAAGUGAAACUCAACCAAGACCAUCUUCUGGUAUUUCUCAAUUAAUGCAACAGCAAAUGCUCUUGGAUAUGUCCUCUUAUCUCCAAUCACAGGCAAUCCGGAUGAACCCUCAAAAUUCAUCAAUGGCGACACUCAAUAUUUCAGAAGAGAAGGCAGGGCAAAUAUUUGAAUCACAUGUUCCCAACAGAAUGGCAAAUUUGAAGUCACUAGGGGUCAAUGAGUUAUCUCAGUCUCAUCUCAACUCUUUGAAAGUUGUAUGUUCACAAGAGAAUGCAGGGCAACUAUUUGAAUCACAUGUUCCCAUCAGAAUGACUAAUGCAAAGUCACUAGGGGGGAAUGAGUCACCUCAGUCCCAUCUCAACCCUUUGAAAGUUGCAUGUUCACAAGAGCAUUUCCAAAAGCUAUCAGACUUAUCUCAUUCUGUACCUUCCAAUAUCUGCAUUGGGUUUCAGCAUCCCAAGUCUCCAGUUAGAGAGUCUUCUGAGACACUGGUUCAUUCCCAACAACCUGAUUUGGCUCUCCAGCUUUGAUUCUUUCUCACCAGAAUGUGGGGUGUACUGAUGAUUGAUCUCUUUGUUGAAGGCUUUGCAUAACUUGCAUUUUAUGGCAAAGCAGUAACAAAAUUUCCUUAAACGGAUCCAUUAUUUUGUAAAGCAGCUGUACAGUUAAUGUGCUAAUUCUUGAGCUGCAGGCAACUUUUCUAUGUAGCAUUACCGUCUUAACAGAAGAGUUUCAUAUUUCUACAUAGAAAUUUUAUGUUGUCUUGCUUGUAUUGUACUACCAUUUCUGUAAUUAAAACUUAUUAACAGGUAAACCUUUCCUGUCAUUCAUCCCAUGCUUCUUUUAUGGUGGGGGCAUUAAGGAUGCUUGCUUUAUGGACUCAGGCACGUGACUAGUUGCUAAUGGGGUAUACUUUAAGAAAAGGCUUAUGUUUAUAUUUUUAAAUACAAUUAUCAACGCGUAAAAACUUUGGCAAUUCAACUCAA